AUGGAGGAAGUUGGUAAAUUGCCUCUAAAGCGAGUGGAACUUUCCUUAACGAAGUUUAAUGAAGUUGCAAUACCUCAUCAUUUAGAUUUGUUACGACAACACAAGGCUAAUAUUAUCAAGUUCGGCGAGCACGGCGACGGCGCGCGCGUGCGCUCGGAGCAGACGCACGCGCGGCGCGUGGCGGCGCAGCUGCGCGCGCUGCUGCACGAGAUGGACGCCCUGCGGAGACAGGUACGUCCUGAGGACUGGGAUCGCUUCGAUGCGCUCACUCAGCGCUCGCGCGACCUCACGCUGCGCGCCAUCGUCGACUAUCUCGGUGUGAUAGAGCGCAGUUGUAGGGCGCUGGUGGGCGCGGGACGCGAGAUGACGCGGUGGCGCGAGUCGUCGCCGGUGACGAUACGGCGGACAGGUGGUGGUGUGGGAGGUGUGGGCGGGGAGGGAGUGGGGGAGGUGGUGUGCGGCAGCGCGGUGUCCACGGAGUCGGUGGGCGUGGUGGCACACGCGCCGCAGCUGCAGCUGCAGCACGACGACCAGGAGUUGCAGUUGAAGGAGCGCGAAGAAGUGCUCCGUGGCUGGUGCGAGCUGCAGGCUGAAGUGCACGCGUUGCACGAGAGCUGGCGUCUCAUGCAGGAUGCUGCCGUGCUGCAGCGCCAACAGGUGACGACGGCAAGCGAAAGUAUCGAAGUAGCCGCGGACAACGUUCAAGAAGCGAGACGCAGUUUGUCCAUAGCGGAGAGGCUGGGCGCGGGCGCGGCGGCGCUGUGCGGCGCGUGCGCGGGCGCGGCGUGCGGCGGGCCGCUGGGCCUGCUGGCCGGCGCCAAGGCGGCCGCCGCCGCCGCGCUCGCCGGCGCCGCGCUCGGCUACGCGGCGGUGCGCGCCGUCCGCCGCCUGCCGCCCGCCCUGCCUCCCGCCGCCCCCAACCACGACAAGAUCCUCUAG